GGCAAGGAUGGUCUCCUGUUUUUCAUCUUCUUUGCAGCUGCCAAUUAAUACUAGCGAAUCAUGUCUCGCAUUAUCCCUCGUCUAAAAACGAAGACUCUCGCUAGAUUAUGACCCUAGCCACGAUCCCAUGUCAACAAUAAAACUUAAAUCAGGUGACGACCCCUGCGGUCUUUUUGACUGCCUUCAAUAUUUGGGGGAACAAGAUUCAGGAGACGAUGCGUGCUUGAUAAUCUGGAACUACAAAAGCUUCCAGCUCACGAAAAUACAAAUGACGGCCAAUGACCAAUUCCCAGGGUCCACUUUCAGCCCCAAGACAAUCUGUCUUUGUCAAAAAGGUUUUCCGGGGGCGGAGAACCGCUCCUCGAAAAAACCCAGAACAAAUGAAAGGCGGGAAAUGAUUAAUGUGGCAAGUGGGUUGUUGAUCUCAAGUGAACAUUUCAUGCCUUCCGACCAUGUCGGUACAAACAUUGGCCAGCAAAAGUGGGACAGCCUGCAGGUUGUAUAAUUAUUGCAGCUUUCUCGACCUGCCUGUUUGUUGUUCAUUCCCCCCAAACUUUCAAACAUCCCUACAACCACGAUGUUCGGGUAUUUGACUGCCAGCUUCUUGAUUGUCGGCCUGUCCUUUAGGUCCGUUGUUGCAGGAACAAGCGUUUCAGGUCCACGUUCGACUGCAGAUGGUGUUGCACCUGUUGUGACGGAGGUCGACAGUACGGGACAUGUGCCACUCUUCAACUUUGAGACUUUACAAUUAACGGAAGAGGGGCUCUCACAACUGGAUAAAAACACCAGUGCCUUAUUUCAAUUCGACAACUCUGAUGAAGCCACUGAUGAGCUGGAAAGGCGAAGUUCGAGAUCGUGUAAAGUCUUCCCAGGCGACUUCCUCUGGCCUAGCGAUAUUUUCUGGGACAUUUUCAACUGGGUUCUGGGUAACGACGCCCUGAUUAAGACGGUACCUCUUGCCUCGCCUUGCUACAAUGGAGCAUAUUACAAUGCAGCAAAGUGCGCCACAUUGUACGCCAACUGGACAAACAGCAUCAUCCAUAUGAAUGACCCUACAUCUAUGAUGUCGCCAGUCUAUCAAGGACUUACAUGUGAAGCAACCCUCGAUCCAACCAAAACAUGUACGCUUGGGGCCUUCCCGUACUAUGCAGUGAACGCUACACAGGUCUAUCAAAUUCAGCUAGCUGUCAACUUUGCUAGAGUGACAAACAUCCGUCUCGUUGUGAAGAACACUGGACAUGAUUUCUCGGGGAAGUCUGGUGGUGCUGGAGCUCUUUCAAUUUGGACUCACAAUCUGAAAGACAUCCAGUACAUUCCGCACUAUGCUGCAGCUGGGACGAAUUACAAAGGCCCGGCUUUCAAGGCUGGAGCUGGCGUACAAGCCUUCGAGAUCUACGAGGAGGCUUAUAAGAGAGGACUUGUAGUUGUCGGUGGCGAGGGCGUGACGGUUGGAGUGAUGGGAGGCUAUAUUCAAGGAGGCGGGCAUUCGCCACUCAGUUCUCUCCACGGAAUGGCGUCAGACCAGGUCUUGUCCAUGGAAGUUGUUACACCAGAUGGAAGAUUCGUGACUGCAGAUUUCAAGCAGAACACUGAGCUAUUUUGGGCUCUCCGUGGCGGUGGAGGAAGCACAUUUGGUGUUGUGACAUCGGUCACGAUCAAAGCAUAUCCUGAUCUCCCUGUCACAGCAUCAACUUUCUCCUUCAAGGUGGGAGGAAACAUCACGUCCGAGAACUUUUGGAAAGGAUUUCGCUUGUUUCUCGACCACUUCCCGUCUCUUUCUGCUAAGGGAAUUUAUGCAUAUUGGUUUAUCCUUAGUGGUUCUACUACCCCUACCUUUCUCAUGCAGCCAUUUUGGGCUCCUGGAAAGACUCUCGACGAGACGAAUGCUCUCCUGGCACCAUGGUUUGCCCAAUUGAACGCGCUCAACAUAACCUUCACGCCAAAGACUAUCCAUUACGACUCGCAUUAUACCGGUUGGAAGGAAUCUUUUCCACGGGAAGCAGUCUCCAAGACCCAUGUCUGUACGGGAUCCCGUCUCUGGCCCAAGCAGAACUGGAAAACUGCCAAGCAUCUCGAUGAUACCUUCAAUGCAGUCAAGACGUCCUCAAUCAACGGCUUGACCAUCAUCGGCUUCAUCAUUGAUCCUAAUCUUAAAAAUGGUGGGAAUACAGUGAGCGCCGUCAAUCCCGCCUGGCGCAACACCUACUCCCACAUGUUACAGUCUGUUAACUGGGCUGAGGGUGCAAGUGCAGAAGUCCAACUUGCAACUAGGCAGAAUUUUACAUUUGGCCACAUGCAGCGCUGGCGAGAUCUAUCUCCUGGCGCAGGGUCGUAUCUGGGAGAGUCGGAUAUUCUGGAGCCAAAUUUCCAGCAGAGCUUUUACGGGAGCGCGUACGAUCGCUUGUUGGCGUUGAAGAAGAAGCUCGAUCCAAAGCACGUAUUCUUUGCUCAGACGGCAGUUGGGAGUGAAAACUGGAAGGUCGUUACUGAAAAUGGACUGCCGAGCGGUAAUGGCAGGCUUUGUCGCGUUUAGACUUGUGAAAUUGAUGCAAAUAGACAGCAUCCCGUUGCCAUUCUGGGCUCAUGAUUGUCCCAAUCUAGGGUUUACUUUCACGGAAUGAGAAAUAGAAAAUAAAGUAGUAAUAUCAGAAGUAAUUCAUU